AUGGCUGUGGCGUGGCUGAUUGCUGCCGUCGCCCUGCCGGUGCCGUCCGGCCUGCUCGCCGUCAACACGACCCGCUUCCGUAUUCUGCAGGUCAGCGACACUCACUGCCUCGGGGACGCCACCGACGCCGCCACACACAGCUUCAUCCGCGAGGCUGUCAAAGGGGAGCAGCCCGACUUGGUGGUAUUCAGCGGCGAUCAGCUGGAUGCCAAUGCGGUCCAGCUCCGGCGGGCCAUGCUUGCAACCCUUCGGGCGGCGGGGAGGCCCUUCCUGGCCCUCAGUGGCAACCACGACAAUAGGGGUGAGGUGGAGGCCUCAUCCAGGCUGGCGGGAGCGCUCGGCGUCCAGGUGGAGGGCGGCCGUUUCCUCGACCUCACCGACAGGCAAGGUAAGCGCCUCUUCCGGCUCUGGGCCUUUGACUGGCUCGAGGAGCGGGACUGGGAGGGCCGCGCCAGGCAGCGAGAGCGCUUCCACGACCUCUCCGUCCGAGACCCCGUCAAGGCGCUCGCCUUUGUGCACAUGCCGACGCCCGAGUUCGCGGAGGAGGGCCGCCCGACGAGGCCGGUUGGCAACGCGCUGGAGCCAGUGUCGUCGACGUGGGCGGACGACGGAUGGACCGAGGCCCUUGGCGCACAGGGCGUGCUCGGCAUCUUUGCGGGCCACGACCACACCAACGACUAUUGCGUGGAGUCGCACGCGCUGCCGGCCCUCUGCUACGCGGGCUAUGCCGGGGUCGGGGCAUAUGGAGCUCCCGUGGAGCGGAGGUUGCGCGUCAUCGAGCUGCAGGGCCUCGGGAAGCCACGGCCGGCCAUCUGGACCUGGAAGCGAGUGGAGCCGAGUGAGGAGGGGCAGGAGGGGAGGACCAUCGAUGUGCAGAGGCUGGUGUGA